AACUGUACCAUCUAUUCCAGUUCCUCACGGCUUGGUUUAGGUGCACCGUCCGGGCGAAAGUAGAUUUCUUGGCGGAGAGGGUUAGAGAAGGUGGCGAUGGCAUUGCGCUACUGGUCUCUUCUGCCGAAGCGGUCAAGGAAUCUAGACGUGGCAUUAGCAGCGACGGCCGAGGCUUUGCGAGCGCCUCGCCUUAGUUUAGUGGCUCUUGUAACAGUUCUGGCCUGACCGAACGGAAACCUGGCCUGAUUGUUGUCUUCCAAGCCACCGCUCCCGUUACUCCCCCUGACCUCCGAUUUUAGUAUAUCUCGGGUCUUGUGUACUCGAGCAUCUGUUCAUUUCCUACGUUCUUUCUUGAAGGUUUUCCGUGUGCAUUAAAUUUAAUCGCAGACAGAGAGCUGCAUGUGCAUGAGAAUCGCGGGGAGCGAAGCGAACACUACCACACCGACGACGAACUUCAGGUGGUGAGGUUGACGAACUUCAGGAGAGUUUACAUUUCACCAACGAAGCUGAAUUCGCAAGAGUUCAGACACCGACGUUCGAAAGUUUUGAUUAAAAUUUGAGGAUAGUUUACAUUUCACCAAUUUCAUCAACGAAGCUGAAUUCGCAAGAGUUCGGACUCCGACGUUCGAAGGUUUUGAUUUAAAUAUCAGGUAAAUGGACGUGGUUGAGAUCUCGGAGGCAGCGGACGAUAUCAAGGAAUUGGACGAUGAUCUGAAACCUGCGAGGACAGACGAUAUCAAGGAAUUGGACGAUGAUCUGAAACCUGCGAGGACAGGAAACGUGUUCAACGCCACGGCCCAUGUAGUAACGGCAGUGAUAGGGUCUGGAGUUUUGGGUUUGCCUUGGAGUAUUGCGCAGUUGGGAUGGGUGGCAGGUGUUAUCAUGUUGGUGUUCUUUGCAUUGGCGACAUUGUAUACUUCGGCGCUCUUGGCAGAUUGUUAUAGAGAUCCCGUGACGGGAAAGAGAAGUUAUACGUACAUGGAUGCGGUGAAUUGUCAUCUGGGAAAAAAACAGGUUUACUUGUGUGCUAUAGCCCAGUACCUGAAUCUUCUAUGUACGUCUAUAGGCUAUACUAUCACUACUGCAACGAGUAUGGUUGCAGUCAAGAGAGCAUUAUGCUUCCAUACAAAUGGUCACGACGCUCAUUGCCACGUUUCCAACAUUCCAUGGAUGAUAGUGUUUGGUGGGAUUCAGAUAUUUCUGUCACAGUUGCCAGAUUUCAGUCAUCUGAAGUUUGUAUCAAUUGUGGCUGCUAUUAUGUCUGCGAUAUACUCCUUUAUUGGAGUGGGGCUCAGCAUUGCCAGAAUGGCAAUUAGAAAUGUUUCGGGUCCGGUAUGGGGUACUCAACUUUCUCCUGCUGCGAAGACGUGGUCCGUGUUUCAGGCUCUAGGCAAUAUAGCGUUUGCGUAUUCCUUCAGUAUGGUGCUGAUCGAAAUCCAAGACACUCUCAGAGGUACACCUAAAUAUGCACCGGAGACUGUGACGAUGAAAAAAGGGACGAAAUGGGGGAUAGGCAUCACAACGGCGUUUUACACUUCAGUUGGUUGCCUCGGCUUUGCAGCAUUUGGACAGCAUGCUCCUGGUAAUAUUUUAACAGGGUUUGGUUUCUACAACCCAUACUGGAUCUUGGCCAUAGGAAAUAUUUGUGUGGUAAUACAUCUCAUUGGUGCAUAUCAGGUUUAUGUACAGCCAAUUUUUGCUGCUAGCGAAAGAGCUCUCCGCAUCAACUGGGCUGGAAUGAAGCUAAUUUGGUUCCGCUUGAUAUUUAGAACCUUAUUUGUUAUAGCCGUCACUUUUGUUGCUAGCGCCUUGCCAUUCUUCAACGAUAUCAAUGGUUUUAUCGGAGCAAUUUCGUUUUUUCCUCUCACUGUGUAUUUCCCCACUGCAAUGUAUAUAAAAUCAAAAGGCAAGUCACUAACCUGUACUAGAGAGGUAAUCAUUAUAUGGGUUUUGAGAAUCAUAUCUGGGUUGAUAACACUAGUUGCUAUGAUAGGUUCUGUAGAGGGCAUCCAAAGUUCUGUGAAGGGUACAAAACUUUUUCAUACCAAGAAUUAGCUGGGUAGAGAGCUGUGACUCUUUGCAUACAGGAUGCAAAGAUUGUAUAGUUAUUUUCUGUUAAAGGUUAUUGACCUUUUUAAAGGUCAAAUAAACUUUACUUAUGUCAAACAUAUUCUACUUACCAGUAAACACG